UGCCGGCCCGCAGGCUCCCGCCGCCGCCGCGCUCCGCUCGGCCCCGGCCGCCCCAGCCCUUCGGCUCCUCUAAGAUUUACCGGAGCUGAUAACCGCCGCGGGCUAUCUUUCCUCCCUUCCCCCGCGUUAUUUCCUCCCCCCGCCGGAGUUUCUCCGGCGGCGCAGGCUGCUUCGCCUUUCGAUAAAUAGCGGAGGCGCGGACCGGACCCCGGCAAGGCGCCGCUCGCUCCCGAGGACCCGCAGCGCGUCGAGCAAGCCCGUGUCCCCAUGGCGCGGCUCCUGAGGCUCGGCUGCUCGCUGCUGGCGCUCGGCGCCUGCCUGCUCCUGCGGGCGCGGGCCGACUGCGGCCGCGACUGCGCCGCCUGCGCCUACCGCCUCGGACCCCGCGCCGACGUCCACCCCCUGGCAUGUACACUAGAAUGUGAAGGAAAGCUGCCUUCUGCCAAAGUCUGGGAGACCUGCAAGGAGGUUCUGCAGCUGACAAAGCUGGAUCUUUCUGAGGACGGCAGCAUUGCUCCUGGAGACAAGAAGGAGCUGGAUGAGAAUCAUUUGCUUGCAAAGAAGUAUGGAGGCUUCAUGAAAAGAUAUGGGGGGUUCAUGAAGAAGAUGGAUGAGCUCUAUCGGGUGGAACCAGAAGAGGAAGCUAAUGGAGGAGAAAUCCUGGCUAAGAGGUAUGGAGGAUUUAUGAAGAAAGACUCAAAUGAUGAUGCCCUGGCUAAUUCCUCUGAUCUCCUGAAGGAGCUUCUAGGAACAGGGGAUAACCCUGAAGUUGGACAUUAUCGAGAAAUAAAUGAAAACGAUGGAGACAUCAGCAAAAGAUACGGAGGUUUCAUGAGAAGCGUAAAGCGCAGUCCGGAAUUGGAAGAUGAAGCCAAAGAGCUGCAGAAGAGAUAUGGUGGUUUCAUGAGAAGAGUGGGCAGGCCAGAAUGGUGGCUGGAUUACCAGAAACGAUACGGUGGGUUUCUUAAGCGCUUUGCUGAUUCUAUUCUCCCUUCAGAAGAAGACGGGGAAAAUUAUUCCAAAGAGAUCCCAGAGAUGGAAAAAAGAUAUGGCGGAUUUAUGAGAUUUUAGUACCUUCCCCUUUUAUCCCUUUUGUCCUAAAUGAGAGAGACUGCCUUAUUGGUCAUAACUUAUUGUAAUGUGUUGCUUGUACUGUACAGUUUUUUACUGUCCUAGUAAAUGAUGCAACCUGCAAUCUAUUGUUUAAGGUUCUGUAUUCUUUUAAGUCAAAUAACUACUUCUGGUUUAGUCAAGUUCAAGUCUGUAUUGUAGUUCCAUGCUAAAACUAUUUUGAUUACUGUAUUCAUUUUCUUUAAACAGGACAUCUACAUCUACAGUAGAA